ACCCACAGAGUUGCCAAAUCAGGAAAGUCGCGGUGAAAAAGUGUGGAUGGAAAAAAGUGCAUUUGCCGGUUUUAAAAGAAUUUUUGCUUAGAAAAAAAAAAACGAAAUGUACCAGCCGCCUUUGCCACCGCCGCCACCUGUCCAGCCCCCUCCUCCGCCUCCACCACCGCCCCCAGAAUCGGAAGAAGCAAUCUCUCCGCCGGGAGUAAGUGCUUCCUCACACACCCACUCGAAAAUUGACACCCUGCCCCAAAACACCAACCCCUUGGAUUACGUGUAUCAAGAGACAUCAGGACUCCACCCGAACCCCGUCCCCAGCUAUGAUCCCUACCAGCAGCAGUCGGCCUACGCCUACGAGGGCUAUGCGUACCAGGACCCAGCACAGAAGUACUUUUCCCAGGAGCCCGCUUACCAAUACCAGGCGCCAGGAACAUCCUACCCGUACGAGGGCUACAAAUACCCGGACCGAUAUCCCGCCUACGCGGCUAACUACAGGCCACCCGCCGAAAGGGAGAGAUACGACUCCUACGGCUCCAGUCAAGGCUACCACCACCAUGCAGGCUAUGGCUCGGGAAAGCGAUACCAACACCAGCAGCGACAUGGUCUGGAACACCGACAUCCCCAGGAGCCCCGGUAUACCCACGAGUCCCGACAUGGACAUGGCCACUAUGCCCACAGGCCGCCAAAGGGAUUGCAGGGCUACCGCGGAUCUGCAGCCAGGAGCACAGCCACGGAGGACUACACUCCACGCAGCUAUCGCGAGAGGGAGCGAAGUGAGUCAGCGGAGAAGCCCAGGUCCAAACCCAAGGUGGAGACCGAAAGAGACCGUCUUCUGCGGCAGUGGUGUGCCAACUUCUGCGAGAAACCGGAGGACUAUGUGAAGAAGAUGAACGCCCUCAGCGAGGCAGACGCGCCCACUGAGUCCUGGGUUCGAUCCUCUCCAGCUGAACUCUACUACGAGCGCACCAAGACCGAUAACGAGGUCAAAGGCCGGGUGCGGCUGCAGAAGCUAUGCAACCUAUUCGACGAGGAGCUGCUGCAAAGGGCGGAGCGAGUGCGUCAGAAGCUCCCCGUUUACGUGCCGCCGCCCCGAAAGGCGCGUCGUCGCGUCUGCAAGCACAAGCACAAAUCAGAAGCCUGUUCCUCGUCAUCCUCUUCCGACGAGGACUCAGACGAGGACGCCUUCAAGAUCGAGCAGGACUGCUCCAUGGAGGAGCUGUCGCACAAGGUGCAGCAUCCGCAGCGGGUUCACGCAGAUCUCUGGCACAACGACGCCGGCGAGAUGAACGACGGUCCUCUGUGCCGCUGCUCGGCCAAAUCCCGGCGCAUUGGCAUCCGUCAUGGCAUCUACCCGGGCGAGACUGGCUACCCUAAGUGCGACCCCAACAGCAACAAUGCGGGCAAGCUGUUUCACUACAGGAUCAGCAUCUCGCCGCCCACAAACUUCCUGACCAAGACACCGACCAUUAUCAAGCAUGACGAGCACGAGUUUCUCUUUGAGGGCUUCUCGCUUCUCUCGCAUGUGCGUCUCACUGAUCUGCCCGUGUGCAAAGUCAUCCGUUUCAACAUUGAGUACACCAUUGAGUACGAGGAGGAGAAGAUGCCUGAGAACUUUACCAUCCACGAGCUGGAUCUGUUCUUCAAAUACCUUUUCCAUGAGCUGCUUGAGCUAGUGGACUUUAAUCUGACGCCAAACGUGGCCUCCGGCAGCGCCGAGAAGUCCUGCCCAGCAUUCCACUUCCUCCCUCGCUUCGUCCGUGACCUUCCAGACAAUGGAAAGGAGGUUCUGGCAAUGGUCGAGGUACUCCGCUACCUGCUCGACAACUCCGCCCAACUGGUCGAGCGUCAGCAGCUUCUGCACCUGAACCAGAUCAGCCAGAGUGAGUGGCAGAACUAUGUGGACUUCAUUAAGGGCAUGCUGGUCACAAAGCCGGGCUAUAAGCCGUGCUCGCUGCGCGUCGAUCAAUUGGACAGGAAUAACUCCGAUCUGCCGGAGUGCGUGGAUCGCGAGACUGGCAUCUCACAUCCGGCAAUCGUACACUUUGGUAUCCGUCCGCCGCAGCUUAGCUACGCGGGGAAUCCGGAGUAUCAGAAGGCGUGGCGGGAGUACGUCAAAUUCCGCCAUUUGAUGGCCAACAUGUCGAAGCCAUCAUUCAAGGACAAGCGCAAGCUGGAAGAGAAGGAACAGCGUCUGCAGGAGAUGCGCACGCAAGGGCGCAUGAAGCGCAACAUCACUGUGGCCAUCAGCUCGGAGGGAUUCUACCGCACGGGCAUCAUGUGCGAUGUGGUGCAGCACGCCAUGCUGGUGCCCGUUCUGACGGGUCACCUGCGGUUCCACAAGUCGCUGGACCUGCUGGAGGAGAGCAUUGGGUAUAGUUUCAAGAAUCGGUACCUGCUGCAGUUGGCGCUGACCCAUCCCUCGUACAAGGAGAACUACGGCACAAAUCCGGAUCAUGCCCGCAACUCACUGACCAACUGCGGAAUUCGACAGCCAGAAUAUGGCGAUCGGAAGAUCCACUAUAUGAACACCCGCAAACGGGGAAUCAACACGUUGGUCAGCAUUAUGUCGCGAUUUGGCAAGGACCAUGAAACUGUUUCGAAUAUAACGCACAACGAACGGCUGGAGUUUCUCGGCGAUGCUGUGGUGGAGUUCCUCAGCUCGAUCCACCUGUUCUUCAUGUUUCCGGAGCUGGAGGAGGGUGGUUUGGCCACCUACCGGGCGGCCAUCGUCCAAAACCAGCACUUGGCCCUGCUGGCCAAGAAGUUGCAGCUGGAGGAGUUCAUGUUGUACGCCCACGGAUCCGAUUUGUGCCACGAGCUGGAGCUGCGCCAUGCCAUGGCCAAUUGCUUCGAAGCCCUGAUGGGCGCCCUUUUGCUGGACGGAGGAAUUAAGGUGGCGGAUGAGGUGUUCACGGAUGCGCUCUUUCGGCAGGACGACAAGCUGCUGAACAUCUGGAAGAAUCUGCAGGAGCACCCGUUGCAGGAACAAGAGCCACUGGGUGACCGCAGCUGCAUUGAUUCCUAUCGGGUGCUCAAGGAGCUGACCAAGUUCGAGGACUCCAUCGGAAUCAAGUUUAAGCACAUUCGUCUCUUGGCCCGCGCGUUCACCGAUCGUUCCAUUGGCUUCACACACUUGACGCUCGGCUCCAAUCAGCGCCUCGAAUUUCUGGGCGACACUGUGCUGCAGCUAAUCUGCUCGGAGUAUCUAUAUCGCCACUUUCCCGAGCACCACGAAGGCCAUUUGUCCCUGCUACGUUCCUCGUUGGUUAACAAUCGCACACAGGCGGUGGUCUGCGAUGAUUUGGGGAUGCCCAAGUAUGCGGUAUAUGCAAACCCCAAAGCGGAUCUGAAGACGAAGGAUCGUGCCGAUUUGCUCGAGGCUUUCCUGGGCGCCUUGUACGUCGACAAGGGUUUGUUGUACUGCGAGCAGUUCUGCCACGUCUGUUUGUUCCCGCGCCUUCAGCUGUUCAUCAUGAAUCAAGACUGGAACGAUCCCAAGUCCAAGUUGCAGCAGUGCUGCCUCACCCUGCGUACAAUGGAUGGCGGUGAGCCGGACAUUCCCUACUACAAGGUGGUUGAGGCCAGCGGUCCCACCAACACGCGGGUAUACAAGGUUGCCGUUUACUUCCGGUCAAAGCGGCUGGCCACCUCCAGCGGCUCCUCCAUCCAGCAGGCGGAGAUGAAUGCGGCCAAACAGGCGCUAGAAAACUCGAGGGACCUCUUUCCCCAGCUGGACCACCAGAAGCGCGUAAUUGCCAAGAGCAUCAAAAAGCAGACGGGCAACGAGUUGGACAACGAGAGUGAUCGUCAGCCGCAGGAGGAGAAGGCUAAACGGCCCAAGUACGCGCCACCACUGCAGGAUGAGAGUCACCUUCCCAAGCAGUAUCGCAUGCAUGAAAACAUCUCAAGCGACGAGUUGCCGGAAGAUGAUGAGUUUGAAAGUAGUGCUCCGAAGAGCCCAACAAUGCCCCCAAAACUGGAUAGGAGUGGCAACAGCAGCAGCAGUAGCAGCAGCGAUGACUCCAGCUCGUCUCCCAAACGGAAACGCCGUGUGAGAAAGAGUUCCUCGAUACACUCCCCAACUUCAUUGGAAUAGCCAUUCAGAAUUUCAACAUAAAUGUUUACAGAAAGAAGAGCACCGAUUUCACUAAAAAGAAUCGUAGGGACGGAAUUUAAACUAUUUUGCCCUUUUUAAAACAGAUACCAAAAGACACAUCGCUCAUUUAGAAUAAGUGUAAAGCAUGACACAAUUUAUGCUUUAAUGGUCAUAACAUUUUCGUUAAAACCUUUGUUAUCAUAGCAUUAAGUACCGCUAAAUAAAACUAAAAAAAAAUCA